AUGUCUGCCAAUUUCUCGCCGCGGAAACUUUUCAAGAGCCUCAGGUCCAAGCGAGUAGGGAAUCUGGAGGUGCAGAACGACGGGCAUCCACCAGACGGUCCCACUACCCCGCCUGUAGCGUCGGAGACGUCUAAGCGCGAAGCGGAAACUUUGACGGCUCCCGAACUGUCUCGGGCUCAAAACCUGAGUGGUAGUGCUUCCCUUGAUAAAGACAAUACGACAGUCGCUUUCAGCAGCGUUACAAAGCCACACAGUCCUCCAAAACCGCCUAUCGUUAUUGAUGCUCAAGGCACUCCCGCUAGCCCAGACGCAGGAACCAAAAACCCUCUCCUCCCAGUAUCCGCUGCGGGUCAUGCCGGGGACGAUCCGCGGGCCAAAGAGCCUCUGCCAGCGACAGAAUUUGCGGUGCAACAGACCCAAGCUAUUUCCACAUCCCAGAGAAUCUGGAAUGCCGCUUAUGACAGCCUUGAGAGUGACAACGAGACUGCAGAGCUUGUCAAGGCUUACGUGAAGACCCUGAAGAUGGUUUUCAAGGCCGAGAAAACCCCUGACACCCCCGCUACUGAAGCCAGCGAUGUCUCAACUGAACUGAAAGACCCGAUCAAGCGACAGAUGCACAUGAAGAAACUGCUUGAAGAUGGCCAGGCGAAAGUUUUCACAGCGUCGAAUAUUGCAAAGGGAGUCGGUGAUGUCGCCCAAUUUAUUCUUUCGGCCAAGGGGAUGGUCGACCUGGCGAUCCAGAACAUACCACAGGCUGCCCUUCCGUGGGCUGGUGUUUGUAUUGGGCUGCAAUUGGAAAAGACGGUUGUUACGCUCUACAAGGCUCUCCUCCUGUAUCAGAUGAAGAGCAUCUGCUCCUACUACCGGAGCCAAGUCCUAGUCUUCUUCCGUGGCCUCGCGAACUUGGAUAACUGGGAUGACGAUCUGAAGAGUGUUACGGAUGCAGAAGUCGCUCUUCAAACGGAUUCGAACCAGUAUAAUAGCUGGCAUGCGAAAAGCUCCCUGGGGCGGCUUGUCGAGCUUGCUAAAACAAUGGAGGAACUGCUUGGGGACGUUCGCCAGACCCUUCGAGAUUUCAUCGUUUUGCAGAAGGAGAUGCAAAUGGAUAACAAGGAUACAGAAUGCCUCUACGACCUCUUUGUGAUGGAUCCGCAAGAUGAUAUAGACACAAUUGAGAAGAAAAAGGAUAAAUUGCUCGACGAUGCGUAUAAGUGGAUCCUUAAUACGAAGGAGUAUAUACAACCACAUCUCAUCUCGCAUUUACGAUCGAAGUACAAGUACCAGGGCCGUUCUCUUUUUAGUAAUGGGAAUGCAUUGGUUGCUAUGACUCGUGUGUUCGAGAGCAUGCUGAAAGAUCCUGGUUUAUUACCAAUGUAUUUCAUUGUCGAUGCCCUUGACGAGUGUGACCAGGGAUUGGCAGACCUUGUCCAGCUCAUUUCAACUUCCCUUACUCUCUCCGGUAAAGUAAAGUGGCUAGUCUCUAGCCGUCCGGAGGUCGAGCUCAAGAAUCCAGACACAACAGGGGCCCUAGUUGAGCUGGAUGCUCAAAGUCUGGAACGUCCUGUCAACGCAUACAUCAACCACAAGCUCUCUACCCUUAAGAGCAAAAAAGGAUAUACCGACAGUGUUUUGGCCGAGGUUUCAGAUGAAGUCUGUCGACGAGCAGAGAACACGUUCCUCUGGGUGGCUCUCGUGUUCAAAAAACUCGACUCGGAGCGUGGAUGGUACGCUAUCAAGAUUGUCAAAGAGAUGCCUCCUGGCUUGCCAGAGCUGUACGAUCAUAUGAUGACCAGAAUUGGGAGAGAUACGAUGGAUCUGCAAUAUUGUAAGAAUGUCCUGGUGGUUACUUCUCUUGCAUAUCGACCUCUCUCACUCUCUGAGCUUGCCUUACUCGCUGGUUUGGGACCUGAGAUUGACCCGCAGACGAUCGUUGAGGAAUGCGGCUCAUUUCUGACAACUAAGGAGAAUACGAUCUAUCUAAUCCACCAGUCAGCCAAGGACUACCUGAAAGCGAAUCACAAAUCGAAGCUUUAGCAGGGUGGGGCUGUUCAAGGGCAUGCGGACAUCAGCAGACGCUCAAUCGAUGACAUGUCAAAAUUGCGAAAAAAUAUCUAUGCCCUGCACCCCGGGUCCGGGUUAGAAGAUAUAACGGUCCCAAGCCCAGAUUCACUACAAGGACUCCAAUACUGCUGUGUCUACUGGGUUCAGCAUCUUCAAGAGAGUGAUGCUAAGCUUGACGACUAUAACCAAGUUUAUCUGUUCUUACAAAAUCAU